AUGCAGUAUAUAAAGCACGGAUGGGAAAGAGAUAGCAUAAUGUACGGCUUUGUUGGAGGCCUCCUUGACCCUUUCUAAACUAUAGGGUCACAUUUACAUCGCACCAGGCAAACACAGAGAACACCUUUGCAUUAUUGGUUAAGGGCAAUCUACAAAAAUGAUGUUGCGCGCCUGUCCAUCGGCAACCCGACCGGCUGCCUGCGGACGCUCCUCUCGUUCGCUUGUAGUAGUGCGUGCAAGCGCCGAGCCUACUGACAGCAAGAACUUGGAAAUUAUGCGCAAAUUCUCAGAACAGUAUGCAAAGCGGUCCAACACAUAUUUCUGUGUGGACAAAUCGGUCACAGCGGUGGUGAUCCAGGGCCUUGCCGAGCAUAAGGAUACGCUGGGCGCUGCGCUCUGUCCCUGCCGGCACUACGACGAUAAAGAGGCUGAGGCAACCCAGGGCUACUGGAACUGCCCUUGCGUUCCUAUGCGCGAGCGCAAAGAAUGCCACUGCAUGUUGUUCUUGACGGAGGACAACGACUUCGCUGGGCGAGAGCAGACAAUCUCCAUGGAGGAGAUUAAAAACGGCAUCAGCGGAAUGCGCUAGAGCAGUAUCCUUACAGCGG